UUUUCUUCUUUCGUUUUUGUUCCGUGGAAAAUUCCAGGUGCUUUCUGAAGAAUGUCUUCCCCAUAUGCAAGUCUCACAUUGCUCAGUGAGUCCUGCUCACCUGUGCAUCAGAACAAAGAGCCCUGGAUGGAGAAGAGAGAGGAGACAGUAGCAAAGGAUCCAGCAAGAAUUCCAGAUUUUGUUCCAGAGAUAGAAACUCAGAGAAGAGCAACAAGAAGAAUGAAUACUUCUCUGAUAAAUGCUCCUGAGAGUCUGUUAACAUUCAGGGAUGUGGCUGUGGAUCUCUCGAAGGAGGAAUGGGAAUGUCUAGAUUGUGCUCAGAGGGCAUUGUACAUGGAUGUAAUGUUGGAGAAUUACAACAAUCUAGUCUUUGUAGGUCAAAAUCAAAGAGUCCACACAGGAAAGAAAGAACACAAAAACACAGAGUUUGAUAAAUCUUUUGAGUCUCAACAUAAACUCACACUGAAACGAACCAAUAGUGGUAAGAAACCAUACCGAAGCCGGAAAUGUGGAAACUGCUUCAAGACAGACUCAAGCCUUAGUAGACAUCAGAGAGCUCAUACUAGAGAGAAACCCUAUAAAUGUGCAAAAUGUAGUAAAUCCUUUACACGUUUAUCACAACUCGAAGUACAUUGCAAAUUCCAUUGUGGUGAAAAAUCCUACAAACGUACAGACUGUCCUAAGUGUUUUUACCAGAAAUCAGAAUUUAAAAGACAUUUGCAUCAGAAAAUUUGUACUGGAAAGAAACCUUGUGGAUCUGGUGAAUAUGAUAAAUCCUUUACCCAGAAAAUGAAUCUUAGAACUCAUCAGAGAAAUCGUACCAGACGGAAGCCUUAUAAAUGCAAUGAAUGUGACAAAUCUUUUAUCAGGAUAUUCAGUCUUAGAAUUCAUCAGAGAAGUCAUACAGGAGACAACCCUUACAAAUGUAGUGAAUGUGAGAAAUCCUUUACUCGGAAAGACAAUCUUAGAACUCAUCAAAGAGUGCAUACAGGAGAAACACCUUACAAAUGCAGUGAAUGUGAUAAAUCCUUUACCCAAAGAGGCAAUUUUAGUACUCAUCAGAGACUGCAUACAAGAGAGAAACUUUACAAAUGUAUCGAAUGUGACAAAUUUUUUACUGCUGCCUCGCAUCUUAGAACUCAUCAGAGAAUUCAUACAGGAGAGAAACCUUACAAAUGCAGUGAAUGUGACAAAUCCUUUACCCAAAGAGGCAGUCUUAAUACUCAUCAGCGAAUGCAUACAGGAGAGAAACCUUACAAAUGUAUUGAAUGUGAUAAAUCCUUCACCCAUAGAGGCAGUCUAUGUACUCAUCAGAGAUUGCAUACAAGAGAGAAACUUUACAAAUGUAUUGAAUGUGACAAAUUUUUUACCACUGCCUCAUCUCUUAGAACUCAUCAGAGAAUUCAUACAGGAGAGAAACCUUACAAAUGCAGUGAAUGUGAUAAAUCCUUUACCCAAAGAGGCAGUCUUAGUAAUCAUCAGAGAAUGCAUACAGGAGAGAAACCUUACAAAUGUAUUGAAUGUGAUAAAUCCUUUAACCAUAGAGGCAGUCUAUGUACUCAUCAGAGACUGCAUACAGGAGAGAAACCUUACAAAUGUAUUGAAUGUGACAAAUCCUUUACUACUGCCUCAUCUCUUAGAACUCAUCAGAGGAUUCAUACUGGAGAGAAACCUUACAAAUGCAGUGAAUGUGAUAAAUCCUUUACCCAAAGAGGCAGUCUUAGUAAUCAUCAGAGAAUUCAUACAGGAGAGAAACCUUACAAAUGUAUUGAAUGUGGUAAAUCUUUUACCCAUAGAGUCAGUCUUAGCACUCAUCAGAGACUGCAUACAGGAGAGAAACCUUACAAAUGUAUUGAAUGUGAUAAAUCCUUUACCCAAAGAGGCAGUCUUAGUACUCAUCAGAGACUGCAUACAGGAGAGAAACCUUACAAAUGCAUUGAAUAUGAUAAAUCCUUUACCCAUAGAGGCAGUCUUAGUACUCAAAGACUGAAUACAAGAGAGAAUUUACAAAUGUAUUGAAUGUGAUAAAUCCUUUACCCAAAGAGGUAGUCUUAGUACUCAUCAGAGAAUGCAUACAGGAGAGAAACCUUACAAAUGUAUUGAACGUGACAAAUCCUUUACCGAUGCCUCGAA